CUCGCACUUAGUCAUGGUCCAGCUGUAGAUCCUGUAAAGGAGGAGGCCUCACGCAUCCAUACAGGACAGCCCCCUCCUCAAGCACCACAGUCCCUAUGCUACACAUGGACCAUCAGGGGCAGCCAGAGCUCGCUACCUUCCCAUGUCUACAGGGCUGAAGCUAGAGAUUCCCUUACGACAUGAUGAUUAUUCAGACAUUCAAGUAAGUCACUCUCACAUCCAACAGUCUGCCCCCCAUAUCACUUCCAGUCUGGAGUUACUGAGGCCGGUCACAUCUCCGUCAGUAGCAGUGCGUCUCCAAACAGACACCCUCACCCCAGCAUGUGCCAUAUACACCACAUUGUCUCAGUCCACUUCCCCUAGGCCCCAGGAGGCGGUUGAUGCAGUUUCACACAAUGUGGGUAUCUCAACACCUGAAUACAGAAACCACAGGAACAUAAGUCCAGACUUUGAGUCAUGGUCUGAUGAUAGCCUAAGGUUAUCAGGCUCAGGGGGCAACAAACGCAUGCUUUCCCCUUCAAACAGCAUAGAACUCCCCCCUGAGUCACAACAGCAGCAGAAGCGAGUAAAAGAGGAGGUAGAGAGGGAAGUGGGAUGUUUUGACAAGGCAUCAGUAGACCCAUCCAAUCAGGAACUCAAACGGGAGAAUCUUGCAGAUGUUUGUGCUCCCAUCACACACGUUGGACCUUCAUUCCCCAGUCUGCUGUCCAGCACCUGUAAUAGCUGGUGCUAUUUGAACUACAUUAAACCAAACCCUUCUACUCUGGAUGAACAGAAGCCCUCAGUGUAUUCAUCGUGGUCCACUAGCAGCUAUGACCCCAACCCACCUGGCCUCUCCAGCAAGACAGCUCUCUCUCUUCUGCACUGUAAGCAGAGGCUCAGUCCCUCCAUCUACACUAUAUCCCCCAUGUCAGUCAGGACAACUGAUACAAUGGAGCAGGAGGACAACAAAAGACCAUGCUCCACUGAGGUCUACAACAGCCAGUCAUACUGCAGAGACCGUGAGGGAACGAGGAACGGACAGCCGUCAGCAGAUGACAACAGAUCAAAUAGAGAAGAAGUGAAGGAGGAACAGAAGGAGGAGGAAGUCCAGUCAAACUCCAGAAAUAAACAACCUCCUGAAGUUUGGAUUUCUGAUCAGGGAUCAAAUGAGAAGUAUGGUGGAGGUGGAGGGAAGUGCCAAUGUGAGGAUUGUGGAUUCCACCAUAACAACACCAGUGUGCUGCAAAAGUGCACCGACUGCUCCACAGAAUCCCCUCCAUGUAACAUCACUUUCAAAGCUACGGGGAGCCUCACUGAACACCUGAGAUCUAAGCCCCAUGGAAAAGAAACCUGUUGUUACCCAGAUGACACAGAUGAAGGAGUCUGUGAAGACCCAUCAGUUCACCCAGAUAAACAGAGGGAUCACCAGUUCUCUGACCUAGGGAAAGGUGGACAUGAUGAAGACAACAACACAAAGGACAAGAACGAUAGACAUGAAGACAACAGGUCCAUCUCAGCUGACAGCUCUCACACCGCCUCCUGUGACAGUGAGAAACCUCAUUCAGGAGGCCAGCCGAUGGAGCCUGAACCCAGCCGGUCCCUCGCAGUCACCCCCAACGAUUCGACCCAGAAGAACUCAGCCAGGACCAGGAGGGCCCUGUUUGCCCGCAGACGCCUCGACGCUUCGGCAUCCUCCAGAGGCUCCCAAUCUCCGAGCGCUCAGUCCCUGACUCCGCGGAGGGAGCCGUCUCCACCUCGUAGCCCAUCGCCCAGACUUACCCAGUCCCCUGCUCCUCCUUCCUCCCUCUCCACAUCUAGUUGUCAUGUCCCCACCUCCCCACUGAGACCAGUCUCCCCUGUUAGAGGUCUCUCUCCUAUAAUAGUCCAGUCCCAUGGAUUUGAUUUCUCUGGGCCUCUGGGCUCCCUCGCAGACACCUCUGCUCAGUGUCAAACCUGUCUUCACCCAAGGGACCGACAGUCUACAGCAAGACUGUCUGUGGAUGAGGUUGGUCUGACCCAUAUCACUCCACAUCCCACGCGGCUUCGGGGAGCCCACAACCUCCUGAGUCACCUCCCUCUGCACUCCCAGCAGCCAAGCAGGGCCCCGAGCCUUCUUAUUCCCAUUGGGGGGAUUCACAUGAUUCAGCCCAGGUCCCCCCUCCCUCUCUACAGCCUGGUGUGCAGCCCUACAACAGCCACAGCUAACCCCACGGGUGCAGGGACAUCCUGGAGACCGAGCAACGCUUUGAAGGGGAGGUUCUCCCUGCUGCAGCGGCAAGAUACUCUCAAAGAGAUGUCGCCCAGCAGCCGAGCCAGCCCGACGGGCCCCGAGACAUCAGGGGAGACGUCCCCCGACUCUCUGUCUCACAGAAAGAGUCGGGGAUGCUUCAGCAUUCCAGCAACAUUCGAGUCCCAGGACAGAGGCGACGCACCCAGAGGAGAGCACAGACACACAUGUUACGGAGAGGUGUGUUUACCCUGAGACCACCCAAGGCCAAAAAAAGACUCCUCCCUCCCACACACAGCUCUGAUAUGAGGGAGAGUCUGAAGGGAUAGUGCAAAAGACUGAAAACCAGAGUCUGCGUGUGAAAAUCCGACACCACAUUCUGGUUUAGACUUCGAGGACAUGAGGCAAGAGCACUUGAGCACCGCUUUUGAAUGACGCUAUUAUGUAAUUAUAUGAAUAAUAUAUAUAGACACUAUGUUAGAUAUGCAGUAUGUUUUGUAAAUCUUUUUUUACCCUCUUGUUUGAUGUCAUCGGUGUUAAUUUAUUUAUGUGCUAUUAUGCAAAUUCUGUACUAUAUGCAAAAGCAGCUGGAAUGAAAAUAGACAAAGUUUUAGUCAUUUUCCCUAUUAACCCCUUUGACAGCUCUAAUAUACUAUUGCUGUGUUAAUGUACUGUAUUACCAAAAUGGAUAUAGAAAGGUACUACAAAUAUUUAUUCACCCCAACCAGUAUUUUGAAGUGCAAUUUUACGUCAAGAUUGUGGUUUGAAAUGUCAUUCUUAAAGGCUGUGAUUAUUCUUCUUAUUAUUUGUCAGGUUUUUUUGGUUGUUGUUGUUGUCGUCUUUGUUUGUGUUUGAAGAAGCAGGGUUACGAUCACCUCCUUUUCUAAGAUCAUUAAGAAAAGAAGUUUCAGAUCAAGACAUUUGGAGUGCACUGACAAAUGAUUUGAUAUCCAGAGGAAACCUGUUUCACGUACAUGGUAGCUACGGUGCAGUUUUUUUCAUAAACAGAUACAUGUAUUUUUGUGUUGUUGCUUUUAUAAAUGAUACAAUCACUGUCAUUUUCAUGUUUACCAUUAAACUUCUCAUUUUUACAGAUUUAUAUUAAAACUG